AUGGCGGCGUCCACCAGCCGAUCAUGCCUCCAGUAUCUGUUACAUCUUGCCCAAGAUAAUCUGGACUUCAGAUUACCGGAGAUUAAGGCCUUAUUGGCUCUCAGAGGAAAACCUUUCCACCCUAGUGGAAACUUCAGAGAAAAGUCUCCUUUCUGGUGUCUGAAUGGUUUGUCCGAGGAGGAUGUGCACGGCAUUAUGACCAGAUCUGUUUGCGCAAAGUCUGCCUUUGAGCUGUGGGGCCACGGACAGACACACAGUGAGCUCAGAGCAUCCCUCCUGAAAUACCCAUCAGAGAACAUGUUGCCAUUCAUGCACAAAGACUCAACUUACAGAAUCAAUGUCUACACUUUCAACAAGACUCUGGAGUUUGCAGACAGGAUCAAAAGGAUCGAUGCUAUGGAGUAUCUUCCAUUUGAGGGAACAGUAAGCCUGAAGAGCCCUCAGCACAUCUUCUGUUUGUUGGAGGAUUACGGCACAGACCCCAACGACAUCCCUGAGCAUCCAUACUACAUGUAUUUCGGCCGAUGGAUAGCGGAUGGACAGCGUGAACUGAUUCGCUCCCACAGUGUGAAGAACAGACACUUCAUAGGGAACACCAGUAUGGAUGCUGGGCUCUCAUUUAUUAUGGCCAACCACGCUAGGGUCAAAGAGGAUGACCUCGUCUUUGACCCGUUUGUUGGCACAGGGAGUCUUUUGGUAGCAUGUUCUCAUUUUAGAGCCUACGUCUGUGGGACAGAUAUUGACUACAACACUAUUCAUGGCAGAGGUCGUUCGAGCCGUAAAAACCAGAAGUGGCGAGGACCUGAUGAGAAUAUCAAAGCCAACCUGCGGCAGUAUGGAACAGAGAAGAUGUAUGUAGAUGUAAUGGUGUCUGACGCAUCCAAGCCUGUGUGGAGGGAGGCUGCUCUGUUUGAUGCCAUCAUCACUGAUCCUCCAUACGGUAUCCGUGAGUCCACAAGGAGAACAGGCUCCCACAAAGACAUUGCUAAACUCCCUGAUGGCAUUUAUGCAGAGUCUCACGUCCCUGUCUCUCAGGCGUACCACCUGAGUGACAUCUUCACAGAUCUGUUAAACUUCUCUGCCCACCACCUGGUUUUGGGUGGGAGGCUGGUCUAUUGGCUGCCUGUCUACAGACCAGAGUACUGUGAGGAGAUGAUACCUCUUCACCCGUGUCUGCGGCUCAUCAGUAACUGUGAGCAGACACUCUCCAGCCACACAUCACGACGCCUGAUCACCAUGGAGAAGAUCAAGAAUCCUGAGGAAUUAGACAGCCUGGCUCAUCUAACAGACCCACGCUUCAGCCCCUACCAGGGACACAACGCCUUCAGAGAGAAGUAUUUCAGUGGACUAAACAAGAGGUGCGGCAAAGAGGACAACAAAACUGAUGUCAGUGGAGAGUGAAGGAAUGAACUGCCUCCAAAUGAAGUGAUUUUCUUUAUAAAAGAGAGAAAACAACUGGACACAAAAGUCAUAAUGUGUUUGUCAGUGGAUUUAACGAGGGAACAAUGUUAACGCUUAUUUGUUAUAGUUUAAAUUUCUAAAAUCUUUCUCACUAUUUUAAUUAUGAUUAUUUGUAUGCCAGUGCUUAUUGCUUUGCAAAUAAAAGGAUAAAAUACAA